AUGUCGCGCUCCGCUCCCCGCAUCAAGAACCGGGCGCCUGCGCCCAUCCAGAUCUCUGCCGAGCAGCUGCUGCGCGAAGCCAACGAGCGCCAGGAGGCACCUGCAGCUGCGCCAAAGCAGAGGAUCGAGGACUAUGAGGAGCUCGAAGAGUACCGCGGCCGCAAGCGCACCGAAUUCGAGAACCGCAUCAACAGCACCUACGGCAACAUGAACGGCUGGAUCAAGUACGCCGUCUGGGAGGCGAGCCAAGGAGAGAUGGACCGAUGCCGCUCCGUCUUUGAGCGCGCGCUCGAUCGCGAUCCGCACAGCCUGCCCGUGUGGCUGCGCUAUACGGAGCAGGAGCUCAAGAUGCGCAACGUCCAACACGCGCGCAACCUGUACGACCGCGCCGUCAGCAUCCUCCCGCGCAUCGAUCAGCUGUGGUACAAGUACGUACACCUCGAAGAGCUUCUGGGCAACAUCUCGGGCACACGCCAGGUGUUCGAGCGCUGGAUGGCGUGGGAGCCCGAGGAGAAGGCGUGGCAUGCCUACAUCAACCUCGAGAUCCGCUACAGCGAGCUCGACCGCGCAAGCGCCAUCUGGGAGCGCGCCGUCACAUGUCACCCGACGCCCAAGCAGUGGAUCCGAUGGGCCAAGUUCGAGGAAGACCGCGGCGACCUCGAAAAGGCGCGCAUGGUCUUCCAGAUGGCGCUCGACUACAUUGGCGAGGACGAAGAGGCGAUGGAAAAGGCACAGAGCGUCUUCACCGCCUUUGCCAAGAUGGAGACGCGUCUCAAGGAGUACGAGCGGGCGCGCGUGAUCUACAAGUAUGCACUCGAGCGGCUGCCGCGCUCCAAGUCCGAGGGCAUCUACUCGAGCUACACGCGCUUCGAGAAGCAGUUUGGCACCAUGAGCAGCGUCGAGGACACGGUCAUUGGCAAGCGGCGCAUCCAGUACGAGGAAGAGCUUGCGGCGCAGCAAGGACAGACUGCCGACUACGACACGUGGUUCGACUACUCGCGGCUUGAAGAGGAUGCCUACCGAGCGCUUGCUGCGUCGGGAGGCACGAACGAGCAGCUAGAGCAGGCGGCCAAGCGGGUACGCGAGGUGUACGAGCGCGCCAUUGCACAGGUGCCUGCCUCGCAAGAGAAGCGCGACUGGCGCCGCUACAUCUUCUUGUGGCUGCGCUACGCGCUGUUCGAGGAGAUCGAGAUGCGCGAUUACACCCGCGCGCGCGAGGUCUACAAGGCCGCCAUCGGCACGGUGCCCCACCGCCAGCUGACGUUCGCCAAGCUCUGGGUGCAGUAUGCGCGCUUCGAGGUGCGACGACUCGACCUGCCUACCGCACGCAAGAUCAUGGGCACAGCCAUCGGCAUGGCACCCAAGCUCAAGCUCUUCAGUGCGUACAUUGAGCUCGAGCUUUCGCUCAAGGAAUUCGACCGCGCACGCAAGAUCUACAAAAAGGCGCUCGAGUGGGAUCCGACCAACUCGCAGACGUGGGUGCGCUUUGCCGAGCUCGAGAAGAACCUCUUCGACAUCGACCGCGCACGCGCACUGUUCGAGCUCGGUGUGGGCCAGGCCGAAGCGGCAGAACAGGGCCUCAGUGGCGGUCUGGACAUGCCCGAGAUCGUGUGGAAGGCGUAUAUCGAUUUCGAGUUCGACGAGCGCGAGUGGGAGCGCGUCGAUGCGCUGUACGAGCGUCUGCUCGACAAGAGCGGCCACGUCAAGGUGUGGAUCUCGUAUGCGCUGUCCAAGGUCAAUCGAGCUGCUGCGAUCGAGGAGGACGAGGACGAUGACGAGGAGGACGAUGACGAUGCGCAAGCCGAGGCCGAGAAGGCGCCUCGCGAGCUUUCAGUCGAGGAGCAACAGAUUCGUGCACAGAGGAGGCAGACGUUAACCGAUGCGGCUCGUGCGGUCUUUGAACGCGCGUAUGAGUCGCUCAAGGCUCGCGAGCUCAAGGACGAGCGCGUGGCGCUGCUCGAGGCAUGGAAGUCGUUCGAGCGACAACACGGUACCGACGCCACCCUCGAGCGUGUCGAGGCCAAGUUCCCACGCGUCGUCAAGAAGCGCCGCGACGUGGACGCCGCUACGGGCGCCAUGGAGGAGUACUACGACCUCAUCUUCCCGGACGAUGAAGACAAGAAUAAGGGUGCCUUCAAACUGCUCCAGAUGGCGCACGCCUGGCGAGCCGCCCAAGCCGCCAAGCAACAGCAGCAACCUGAAACUCAAGACGAUACCAACGGCGUCGCGAGUCCCGGACCUACCGAAGACCACGAACCUGCCGACCUCGAUGACGCCCAGUCCCAAAACGCCUCUGACGAAGACGAGGACUCGGCUUGA